CUGGAGAUCAGACAACAGUAGUCUAGCUAAGAUUAACUCAUAAACUAGCUGCGGUACCAUGGCUCAAAAGUUUUUCAUCGCCUUUGCCCUCUUGGCCAUUGCGGCUAUUCGGGCAGCUCCUUUCCAUGGCCACGAACACCACGGUCAUCACGGUGGAGCCACCAGUCAUGCCUCCGUGCAUCUAACAUCGCACGACGAUCAUCACGAGGAACAUCACGGUCAUCAUCACGACCAUCACGGGCAUGAUGAUCACCAUGACUCCCAUGCUGAGUAUGACUUCCAGUACGGCGUCAAGGAUCAAAAGACUGGGGAUGUGAAGUCACAGAGUGAGUCACGACAUGGCCACACGGUUACCGGACACUAUGAGUUGAUCGAUGCCGAUGGCCACAAGCGAACUGUCCACUACACGGCGGACAAGCACAAGGGAUUCGAGGCUCAUGUCCAUCGCGAGAAGCUCCACGAUCACCACCAGGCGGAGCACCAUGGCCAUGGACACAGCGGCUACGAGGGCGGACACGUUGAGUUCGAGGAGCACUCCUCGCAAUCCGGACACGACUAUGGCCACGGACACGAGGAGCACGGUCACGGUCAUGGUCAUGGACAUGGUCACGGAAGCAGCUCCCACAGCUAUUCGCUGAAACAGGAACACGGACAUGGGCACGGCCACAGCCACGGUCAGGAUCAUGGUUUCGAGCACGGACACGGUUACCAUUGAGUUGACCCCUAAGCUAUACAAUUGUUUAUCAAUCGUUUAUUGAACUCUUACCAAAUACCUAUUGUUGUUAUACCAAAAUAAAUCAGGCAAAUAUUUUC